AUGAGAAUGAAUAAGGUAGCUAUAGGUGCUCUACAGUAUCAAUUCACAACGAGUCAGAAUGAUGUCUCUCAGAACGUAUUCUCUUCUGAUAAUACCAAAAAUGAUGGAUCAAUCUAAGGAACCUUUGCCGACUCUUAUGAAAGAAUAGAUCAGGAUGCAUAGUUAGACACUUUGGAAUCUGUCAAUGGAGGAAACUAUUUGGAUCAGUCUGGCCAUCCUUUAUUCAAAGUUAAUGAGAUUUAAAAUUUGAAGUAAAAGGAGUUAGACAGGUAUAAAGAAUAGGAGAUCAAAACUAAGAAAAACCUUCGAGAUGGUGAAGAAAAGCUUGACAAGGAAAUCAAUGAUCACACCAAGCAUAAAUAAGAUUAGUUUGACUAGUUAGAAGAGAAAAGGAUACAAGUAAUUAAUAAGAAAAAGAGACCACUUAAGAAAAAACCUAAGAGUUUAAAUGCAUUAAAUAGCUUAAAUGAUGAAGAAUUCAAGACUCCUGGGAAGACUAUAGAGGAUAUUACUAUUAAGAAUGAAUUAGAGGAUGAUGACCAAAUAAGGAAUAAAAAUUAAAUGGGAAUUAUCAUUGAAGAGCCCAUAGAAUAAUUGGACACCUUUAAUAACCAGAGUAGGAGAGGUAAAAAGUAAUUACAAAAGGAAGUAUAAUUCUUAUGA